CCGACGAGUGAGUCCAUCGUCGUUAGUCUCAAUGUGUUGACGUUUUUUAAAUAACUGAAUGUGAUGUUAAUGUACGAGAAAGACUGAAGUUACUGGGAAAAAUCUCUCAGUCAAAUGAACUUGAGAGAAUAGACGGAAUUAACCGUGCGACAAAUUGUAUUUGUAUUUUGAGAUAACGUGCGAUGGUAGCGUUGAAAUUAUUCUUCAAAUCAAAUAUUGUUCACAUGGCGCCGAAUUACGCAAGAUUUACUAAUGGGAAAUUCUGUGCAGUGAAGUGGUGAUUUAAAUUAAAUUGAGAAGAAUUUAUUUGAAAGGAGGGGAAGAGGAGAGGGGGAUGUGAGGAGAUUAAAGGGUGGUAGGAGGUGAUUUGUUAAGGCGAGAGAAAUUGCCCUCAUCAGCAGUCUACUAAAAAAAUUAAUUAAUCAACUCAAGUUAAUUGAAUUAAUGAAAUUUUUUGUUUAUAAAUGAUUUUGCCUCGAAAAUUGCCCCCACCCACGUGAGAAAAUUCCUUUUUAAUAUUUUUAAAAAUUAUUAGAGUUAAGUACCAGUCUUAAAUAAAUUGUUAGUGUUGAGAAUGAUUUGUAAUUAACGAUUUUCACUCGGAACAUCGUCUUCCGGGAUUUAUUAAUGAAUUUUACGUUUGAAAAAAAUUCGAGUGCAGUCGCCUGCGCUUCCAAAUUUGAGGGACAGUUUUGAUUUUAAAUUUGGAAGGUUUUGGGGAUGAGGUUGUAAGGAGGUUGUGACGUCUGUAUAGCGGCUGUGAGAGCCCGCCACAUCGUCGCCGGUCUCGUGGGAGUGGGAUUCGCUCUCUGCGGUGCCGUGGAAGUGAGUUCGUCGGUUGCUCUGCUGGCGAAUCUUGAAGACAAUCAUGCGAUCAUCGAUACUUCCUGGCAUUGCGACAUGCUGGUCAACAUCAGCAGUCGAAAUCGCACGGAGGACGUGCAGAUCAUCGCCUUUGAGCUCCUGCCAGUCGAGAGGAUCGAAUCGAACAUGCGAGAGGCAUUUCUCUGGGGCCAGGUAGCGGGCCCAAUUCUGGGGGGCACACUAGUCUGGGGACGUUCCGGGCCCUCGAUGGUCUUCUCCAGGGCUGUUCUCAGCGCCUGUCUAGCUUCACUUCUCGUUCCAGCGGCGUGGAAGGGCCCAUCACAUGUGGCACUUCGAUUAUUCCAGGGACUGUGCACCGGUGCGACGAUGCCAGCUGCCCACAUGUUCGCUAUGACCUGGUUCAAAAGUAAUCAUCGGAGUUGGUAUUUUAGUUGUUACGCAGCUGUCAGUGUGGGAUAUUGCCUGACCGGUUGGAUAGGCACUGCAGUGGUUCGAUCAUUCGGAAGGGACUCCCUUUGCUAUGGUCUGGUACUCAUAGCUCUCUGUUGGUAUUUCACCUUUGGCCAUUUUGUCAAAGAUACACCCAAGUCCUACCAGCAUGACACAAACGCGGCUGUGAUACCAUGGGGAAAAUUGUUGCGUUCAGUACCAGUCUGGGCGUCAGCAGUCGCUACAAUGGGUAAUCAGUGGGGUGAUGCCACUCUCUCACUGGGUAUGACCAAGUAUCUCAAGCUCAUUUACGGUUUCUCAACUGCAAACGACUCGGUGCUGACUACUCUGCCCCACAUUGGACACUUUAUGGCUGCUCUCAUGUGCGGAUUACUGGUUGAUCAUGUGAGGGAGGCAAAAAUAGUCUCCACAACGACUGCGAGGAAAUUAGUGGUUUACACUGCGCAUUUCAUACCGGCGGCUCUUCUAUUCGUCGCCGGUUACGCAGGAUGUCAGGCGUUGGGUGCGGCCUGGCUGGGAAUAGCUGCACUUCUCGUCUCAGGAACAGCUCCAGCUGGGGCCUUAGCCGCAAUAGCUGACCUCGCACCCGCUGAAUCUCCCGCAUGUGCAGCAGCGGCGUGUGCCCUGUGCUCUACACUAGGUGCGGCUGGUCUUCUCGCUGCCAAUUAUUUCGUCACGCAGGCACUUCACGGAUCGAUCGCCGGCUCCUGGCGGCUGGUCUUCGGCGUCGCGUCGCUGGUCCUCCUGAUAACCGCCGCUGUCUUCCUCGCCCUCGGCAAGGGCGUCCCCCAGCCCUGGAUACCCUCCGUCGCCCGGCCACGCAGUCACGACGUUAUUUACGAACAGGACGCCCUUGAACUGGAUUACGAAGAUGUUGGUGUGCAGACUGAGCCGUACGAUCUCUACGACGUGGAGGACAUCGACAGUUUGAACGAGGUCCCACGGCCGUCCUUACUCACCUCGAAGCACUCCGUCGAGUCGGCAAACUGAACUGGAGAUGUUACCGGGAGUCAUUAAAAUUUAUUAUUCAUCCUGCGGAAGUGAUGGGAUGUUACAUGGACAGGAACAGGCUCUUCCCACUCGUGAGAAAUAUAUUUAUCGUAUCGACGCCGAGACGUUCGAAGCAAUAACUCCAUCAGCGAUGUUACGCAAAAGGAUUCUCAUUCGGCUAAGUAGAGUAGACAGUAAUUAUGGGACGUUAUUUUCCAAUCGCCAGUGAUUUUUCUCGUGUCCGCGAAUUAACGCGAAUCUUGUCCCGAUUUCACUUUUAAAUAUUUCUGAACCGAAAAAAAACCGGAAGUAAAUGACGCAGAAUGUAAUUACAUCACUAACGAGGUGGCUAAUUGGGUUAAGAAAGUCAAUAGAUUGAAGUGAAUUGAUAAUUUUUUCGAGAGCCGAAGAAAAUGGAAAAUUCCGAAAUAUUUUAGGAUCUAAUCGGUCAAGUCUCGAAUUAAUUUGCAAACAUGACAGUGAGUGGCCCAUUUGCCGGAGAAUGUCCCACCUGUGUUUUUGUUAAUCAAUAAUUAAUCGAUCGACACUCAGUGAUGGAGUUCUCGGUGAUCUACGACUGUUUUAUCUCGAUCUCGAUGGACAAGUGGAAUUUUUCAAAGAUACGAAGUGAUUCACAGCUGCAGAAAUUUAAAUAUAGAACGUUCUUUAUGAAGUAAACGGUGUCGUAUCUCGAUUGAAUGAUUCUCUAUUAACAAAAGCAAUGUAACAUUCCUCGUGACCGAUCUAUUUCAUUAAACAUAGAGUUACAUUAGAAAAAAGUAAACUAAAUUGAAAUUAAAUUAAAUUAAAAUGUCAUUUAGUUAUUUCGUAUUCUUUAAAUUAAUAUGUCUAGGUAAAUACAUAACGCAUAAUAUGUUAAUAUUAUUAUUUUUUAUUAUUUUAACAAAUCGACGAGGUCGAGGUCUCGGACUGAUCGAGUUGGCAUGGAAUGUCCGAGAGGUGUAAUUUCUAGGAAAUUCCAGAAAAUUGUUAAAUUGAUAAUUAAAACCGUCGCUGGUGUAUUUCGAUUA